GUUCAAGGCCGUUGCCUGUGGUUUCAUUUCUCUCCGUCGUUCAGAAUCAUUCAUCAUGUCGGACUACGAAGAUGACAUGGACGUGGAUCUGUCUAUCUCUCGAGACAAAUCAAUACAAUUCAGUUCAGACGCGACUGCUGGCAAGCAGAAGAGGAUAGUUGCAGACCUGCCAUUGGAAGCAGAAGACAAUCUACCAUGGGUUGAAAAGUAUCGACCGAACACUCUCGACGACGUGAGUGGACAUCAAGAUAUUCUAGCCACCAUCAACAGAUUCGUCGAACACAAUCGGUUACCACAUCUAUUAUUGUACGGUCCUCCUGGAACUGGCAAGACGUCCACGAUUCUUGCAUUGGCAAGGCAGAUAUAUGGAGCCAAAAAUAUGCGGCAGAUGGUGUUGGAGUUGAAUGCCUCGGACGAUCGAGGUAUUGAUGUUGUGAGGGAACAGAUCAAGACCUUCGCUUCCACCAAACAGAUUUUCAGUUCCACAACACAGACAGCUGGGGCAAAGUUUGGGCUGGGAGCAUUCAAACUGAUUGUUUUGGAUGAAGCUGAUGCUAUGACUAGUGCUGCACAGAUGGCUCUAAGACGGAUCAUGGAAAAAUACACCGCCAACACCAGAUUCUGCAUUAUUGCAAACUACACACAUAAACUGUCGCCGGCACUGCUUUCCAGAUGUACGAGAUUCCGCUUUUCACCUCUUAAGGAAGCAGACAUUCGAAAGUUGGUCGACCUGGUCAUCUCACAAGAACACGUCAAUAUUGCACCAGAAGCGGUCGAUUCAUUGGUCAAAUUGUCCAAAGGAGAUAUGCGAAGAGCGUUGAACGUCUUACAAGCAUGCCAUGCUGGCUCAAGACCCUUACCAAUCCGCGGCCAACCUCCGAUUAAAGAAUCUGAUAUCAAGUACGAGCUCAUCACAAAUGACACAAUCUACAAUUGUAUCGCUGCACCCCACCCUGACGACAUUCGGCUCAUCAUGACCACGAUGUUGAGCACACCCGACAUGACGAGUUGCCUGACCACAAUAAACGCAUUAAAGAGUUCUCGGGGGCUAGCACUUGCGGACAUCCUGACGGCACUAGCCGACGAGCUGCAGACUCUCGAGGUCAGUGCUGCAACAAGAGUUCUUUGGCUACAAGGACUCGCCGAGAUUGAAUAUCGACUUGCUGGAGGAGGGAGCGAAGGGAUCCAGACUGGCGGAAUGAUUGGAGUCAUUAGAUCUGGCUGCGAGUUAUUGGGGUCCAAGGGGAUUGGAGAAAAGAUGUUGGUCGACGAGUGAUCAUUGGAAAGCCAUCCUGAAAAUCAGUUCCGUUUAUUAACGGCUACGACCUACGAGCGUCUCACCUGCAACGAGUCAUUCCAUGGAUAGGAAGCGUGGGAUGUGGCAGAAUUCCCAGGCGGCCAAACCACGAACUAUCAGGGGUUUCAUUCGACAUGUACGUCGAGACUCAGACAAUUCUCUAUGAGGGAGAGGUUGUAUUCGGCUACUCCUCUGGCAAUAUGGCCUCGAAGCCCUGAUGGGAGCCAGUUGACCAGAAACAUGCCAUUUGCUGGUCGAGACAGGCACAGUGGUAAUGAGACGAAAGACCAUGCAUUUUCUCACUCUUGUGGCAAGUCUUCGCCACUUGCAACAUCUAGAUAGGAUGACGACUUGGGCAGUGGUGGUGAUCCAAAAGUACUGCAGAGGAAGAAAGUGACCGACAUGAAAUACAGCGAAGUUUAGUCAAGCCGAAAUGCAUUUUUUGACUACGG